AAGCUUUGAAUCCACUUUAAAAAAAUGCAUUGGAAUGUGAUUUUUAGCUAAUUUGUCAUUUUCUCUGUGCUGUAUAAAAGAGACAUUUGAAGUGAGGCUUUUUAGUUAUGUUGAAUGAGCAUCAUGUUUUCCCAGGCGCCCAUCUUUUCUGUCCUUGGCUGAUUGAUUAUUGGGUGCAUUGCUGUUUUCAGGAGGGGCGUGUUCGUGUCACCCUGCUGGCACGCAGCACAGAAUACAGACGGAUUUUAAACCAAGUGGAGCUGGUAAAUGCCCUCAAGACUGUGCCUUUACUGGAGGUCAAUGUGGUGGACUACAAAUACAAGGAUGUUCCCUUUCUGGUGCAGUUGAGGAUCACCCACAACUCUGACAUCUUCAUAGGGAUGCACGGGGCGGGUCUCACACAUCUCCUUUUCCUCCCUGACUGGGCUGUCAUCUUUGAGCUAUAUAAUUGUCAGGAUGAGAGUUGCUAUCGAGAUUUGGCUCGGCUGCGGGGCAUUCGAUACGUGACUUGGCAGAAAAUGGACAAAGUGCUCCCACAGGACAAGGGUCACCAUCCCACCCUCGGGGACCACCCGAAGUUUACCAACUACUCCUUUGAUGUGGGGGAGUUCAUGCGCCUUGUGCUGGAAGCAGCUCAUUACGUCAUGCUCCAUCCCAAAUGGCAGCGUCGUACCCUUCAUGAUGAACUUUAGUCUGCUGAGGAACUUUUAAUAUGAACCUGUCGUUUGUUGUGAUCUAAAGACCACUUCACAGUCAUUUUUAAAGUUACCUCAUCCACCAGUGGAUAUCAGUGGUCUGGGAGAGUAUUUGUCACCCCCUGUCCGCUGCUUUGAUGGGCCUGGAUGAGUCAAAGCUGUAUGGCGGACAACUGGGUGUGGAAUAGCUUUGACAAGGUCUAUUAGUUUCAAAUCAGUUAAAGGAUGAGGCGUGUGCAGUCCAAGCAUCUGGAAAGCGAUAAGAUGUGUCCUAUGUUUCUUCAUUAUCUCCGCUGCAUCUACUUUAUUCCACACCGACAAAGUUAGCUAAUGAGCAGCUGUUAUGGCAUCCCUUCACAUGCGACAUCUUGUCACAUUUGAUCAGAGUCACCUUGAUGCGAGCCUCUUCAGAGCUGUUGACAAUCACACCAGAGUUUCUGAGCACACACAGCAUACACAAAUGUAAUAUGUUGCACACUAUUCACAUGCUGGAUUCCCGCAUAUAGUUACAGACUUUUUGUGCAGUUAGUUUGACAAAUGAAUUUUCAUGGUUUUAAGGUGUGCUCAUCACAAACACUAACAUCUCUAAAAAUAAGAGACAAAAGUGAAGACACUCCUACUCCUAAGAGGGAUUUUAUUUAUACCAGUAUUAAUUAGCAUUCUUAGAUGUGCAGCACUACUUUUUUAAACACUUUAAUAGUAACUACUCUGAACCAUAAAUUGAGGUAUUUGUUAAUAAAAUUCAACACUCCAUUCAGUUGUUUCAUGCAAUAUAAUGAAAAUAAUGUUAGUUUUGUCAGCUAAAUAUCAAAAUAUCUGGCAGGCUUGUAAAUCUAACUUUUAUUUUUGCCUCUUUUUGAUGUAUCUAUCUUUUACAUGGUAACAUUUAUUAUUUAAACAAAUGUAUAUCUUGUUGGUUUGAUGGAAAAUGUCACUGAUAUUUGAUACUGAUGUCUAUUUUUUUUAUUGUCAAUUCCUUUGCAUUUUACCAAAGGAAAUGCAUUGUCAGUAUGGUGAAAUGAUAAGGGUGCUGCUGUUGUCUGUUACCUUUCCUAAAGGUUUAAUGUUUUACAGUAAACUAGUCUGAAGUGGAAUAAGCACAAUUUGCAUGCAGUCUGAUGCAGUGCACAUGUGUAUUUUGAGCGAUCAGAAGAUAAUUUUUUAUGUAUCUUGGCCUCUCUGUGAGCUUGAUCUUUUAUUUAUUGAUGAAACCAUGUUGAAGUCAGACCUUUCUGGUCAGGGCUUUGCUUGACUUGAAGGCAAUUUCAUAAUCAAAAGCUGUGUAAUAUUUUGAAAUAAAUAAUUCUAAAAAAUG